CUCGUCGUUCUGAGAAGAGGGUGGAAACGAUCGACUGAUUUUUUCUUUAGCUGAUUUAUCGUCACUGCUUUGUUUUAUUCCAUCAUUACUGAGAUUAUCUGAUAUUUGAUAAUUACUGACAACGGUUUUCUAAGAAGACAAGACUGUGCUAUUUACCGACGACAAAGGCUUCCUCACUCUCACACACAUCCACAGACGCAAUGGCAGGUAGAGGCGGGGCUCAGCGACCGAACGGAGCCACGCAGGGCAAGAUAUGUCAGUUUAAACUCGUACUUCUCGGGGAGUCUGCUGUCGGAAAAUCAUCUUUGGUGUUGCGCUUUGUGAAGGGGCAGUUCCAUGAAUAUCAGGAAAGUACAAUAGGAGCUGCGUUCUUGACGCAGACCGUGUGUCUGGAUGAUACGACGGUGAAGUUUGAGAUCUGGGACACGGCUGGUCAGGAGCGAUACCACAGCCUCGCACCCAUGUACUACAGAGGGGCGCAGGCGGCGAUCGUCGUCUACGACAUCACCAAUCAAGAUACGUUUGGCCGAGCCAAGACCUGGGUGAAGGAGCUGCAGCGUCAGGCCAGUCCCAACAUUGUUAUAGCUUUAGCUGGUAAUAAAGCCGAUUUGGCCAACAAGAGGAUGGUCGAAUAUGAGGAGGCUCAAGCGUAUUCUGAAGAAAACAGUUUAUUAUUUAUGGAAACCUCGGCCAAGACUGCCAUGAAUGUCAAUGACAUUUUUUUGGCAAUAGCGAAGAAGUUACCGAAAAACGAAGGUGGUGGACCAGUCCAACAAAGACAACAGGGGGUACGCUUGAACAAUGAACAGACCCAGCAGUCAGAAGGAGGCUGCUGCAAGUAACAAAGCUUCCCAUAGGCUGGCUUAUUGUGUCAUGUGAUCAGACUAUGGUCCAAUCAGAGAUGUUUUUUCAAUACACUAUGUGAUACACACCUGAAUAGUUGGACACACCGAAAGUGGAUGUUACAAUAGUGCAUCAACAAGAGAGAAAUAAAUAAAUAAAAAGAACAAAAUCACAUUAAAAAAAAGUGCACACAGAUAUACAAAACGUGAACAAAAUAUUGACUGGAAGUGUAUAUAUUCCAGUGAUGAACUUGUGGCUUGAAGAAGAGCCCAUUUUGUUUCUAUGAGUAUGGAUGCCUAUUUAUUGCUGAAUUUGUACAGUUAGCUGUCAUUUCGUGUCUCCUCAACUCGCUAGUUGUCAAACUGGUGAGAUUUGAAAUAAUGUUUGUUUUUUCUCUUUUUCAUAACUUUUGACGAUGACUUUAAAAAAAAGCUUUUCUAAUUUUCAGCUUUUUGUGUGUGUAGGGCGACAGCCUUUCUGUAUCUUUUUUUUUCUUUUUAACAUAGAUUAAUAGUACUGCUAAAGUCUGUGUUGUGAUAUGAAUUUAAAUUUUUGUUGAUCGAUUUGUUUUGUAUGCAGUUUGUAAUGCAGCAAUAAGAUUGGGACUUUACCAAACGAAAACGAAAAUUGUAUGUUUACCGUGAAGAUAUCGAUUUUUUUUCCGUUUUGUGGAAAUGAAAUUAAGAAAGGUGUUGCCCUAUGCACAGCAAAAUUGUAACGAGUCUUUAAAGAUUUUUUAGUGCUUGUUUUCAGUUUGUGCUUUAGUGUUGUCUUUCAAUAGUAAUAAUGUGAUAACUAGUGUAAUUAUUGAUUUCAGUAAUUAGGCCAACAGCAAAAGGUCAUUUCCUCUUAACUCGAUUGACUCCAUAAGAGAGAAUUUACUCUUUAAUUCAGUAGAUUCGUAAGAAAAUUGACUGGUCUGAAUAUUUAUUUUUUGUGGUGUUCUUAAAAGCUUAACGAAAGAAUGACUAUAAAAAUCAUUGUUAUUAAAAUCAGGUCUUUUGAGAAUUAAAGAAUCUACGUAAACCAUUUAUGGGUUACUUUACACAAAAACGAAUUACUGUAACCCUUUUUUUUGUGUGUGACCUGUCAGUACGAUGUAACUGAUGUCCCUGAUGUCCUUAAAUGUGAGAAUGAAUAAUGGGUUACGCAAAACUUAAGACUUGCGUAAACGAUGCGCGAGUAUUCUCGAUAUUAUCAGAUACGGGAAAAUAAUGUUUCUGAUUACACAAACCUAAUUAAUUUAAAGGUUGCUCUGAAAUGUCUUCUUUUUUUUUCUUCUUUUUAAUUUUUUUUUUAUUGCUUUGCAUCAACAGAUGAAUGUGACGUAACAUUGUUUGAUAAUUUUUGUAAAGUCUUGUUUGAAAGACGUGCAAGUUUUUUUUUAAGUGAUUGUUUUGCAUCAACAAAAUAAUCCGACGUAACAUUGUUUGAUCAUUAUUGUAAAGUGCAAUCCAGUUCUUGACAGCCUUUGUGUAGAAGGGUGUUAUUGACAGCCAUCUUUGUGUAAGGCUGUAUCCGGUGGACGAGAAUUGGGAUAGACGAUUGAUGAACGUAAGGUACGUACGAGUACUUGUCAUCACUGCCACUCGCUGUCUGGUUUUCACUUCAUUUUCAGAGAAGCCAGGGUUUUAGCUACAAUCCAAGGACAGGGCUGUACCUAUGUAACUAACUUAAAAUAAGGGGGUGGAGGAGGGAGGGAAGGGGAUGGUUAGGCUCGGUAAUAUUGAGUCUUUACAACUAAGCAAGAAAAAAACAAACACUUUUAGUUUUAAAAAGGACCAGUUAUUUUUGUAGGGAGCAACUGCCCCUCCUUACGUCUAAAUCGGACCUAUAGGGGUGUAUCAAAAGCUGUCCCCUUACCUCCCCACUAAAUAUGGCCCUGAAAAGGGGGUGGUGGUGGUUAUGAAAACGUUGUCACCUCAUAGUACAGCUGAUAUCUUAUUGCCGAUUGUUUAAUACGGAUCAUUAUGUACUUUGUUAGAUGACAGAAUAUACAGGUGGCCUGUAUAGUUGAGUAGCUGCUAUAUAGAGGUGGCUAUGUGAUCAGGUUUGACACUUAAUCUUGCCAGUGUUUAAACAUAAAUAUACAUGUAUGCCCAUUUGUCUUUUUUUCUUUUUUUAGCAGCAUCCAGUUCAAUUCAUAGCGGAUAUUUUAAACAUACUUUUUCACAUAAUUAUACAGUAAUUAAUAGGAAUAAAAUAAACCCCAACUUUAUCUUGUAAUUUCACAUAGUUAUAAAAAGUUGUAGGGAAAAAUCCAAACUGUUUGAAUAUAUAUCAAAAGCCUUGGAUGCAUUUCACAUGAUGAUGUGCAUAGUUUCAGAAUCCGAGAAUUUAUCUUUAGGAAUGGGGAAGACUUAAUUGGUUAACAAACUGAUGCCCAAUGUUUUGUUUUGUUUUCUAGCAUGCAUUCUCUCCUAUGUAUCUGUCGUGUUGAUUGUAAAAUUCUGUAGAUUUUAUUUAAGCUGAUUCACAAGUACUGGUGGAAAAUGAAUCAUUAUCUGUUAAGAAUUUUUUUAAGGGGCGUUCUCAUUAUGUGACUUGUUGCACCGACUUGUAGCAUACGUUCAAAUCGUACAGCGAGAACAUCUAAAUCGUCUUGUACUACAUGUUGUGUCGGAGUCGUAAUGAUUAGAACAUGUUCUCUUCCUUACUACAAUUUACAAGCUCCUGUGCCCCGUUCCACGAAGUGAUCUUAGUCCUAAGAUCACCUUAAGAGCAUAACUACCUUACACACUUGAGGAGACCUUAGCGCUAAGAUUGCUUUGUGGAACGGGGCCCUGAUCAAUUAAAGUACAUCGGUUAAACGUUUUAUCACUUGGCAGUUGUUUGUUUGUUUACAAACCUGUCAAAAUGUCCAUAUUUCAUGGUGCAUGAAACCUAUUAUUCAAAAUGUGGUCAAUAAUUGUGUUAUUGAAUGCCAUCAGUACACUGUUAUUUUCAUUAUUUCAAUGGAAAUUUGUAUGCACUUGUUUGACAUCACAUAAUGUUACAUGUCAUAACAUCUUUCCACACAAUAUGAUUUAGGUUGUUACUAAAAGUUGUAUAAUGUGAACGCCCCCUUUGAUAGUGAAUUAUUUGGAGUAUAUACAAUAUAUUAAUCCUGUAAUUAUUAAAAACGAACAUAUUUGUGUACAUAACGUCUUUUUGUAGUAUAUAUCCAUAUAAUUAAGCUACCAUAUUAAUUAAUCUUUUCUUAAGAGUGUGUGUACUUUUAUAAAAAAAAAUAUAAAAAACACUUCAUUUUAUGUUUGUCUUUCAAAAAUCGAUUAAUAUUCAAAACUCAAACGUUUCAGGAGUAGGUGAGUGGGAGGUAAUAAAAAUGUACUUCCAGGGAAACCAGGAACACAUUGGAUGUUCAAAAUGUUUUAAUUUAAGGAAGAAGUUGCAAGAUAUAUAAAAUAGAAUCUGAAAAACAGUUCAAGAAAUUAAUCUUAAAUUUAUGCUAUUUUAACAAUCAGUUUUGAUCCUUGUUGGCUUUAAGAAGGUGUUGUGCUUGCACUGGUACAGUUUUAUGGAAAAAAAACAAAAACAAAAACUGCUCUUGAAAUUAAGAUCUGUCAUGACAAUAUUUAGGGAAAUUAUUUUGAAUAUCACCCUAUCAGCUAGUCUUGUCUUGCUUUAUGGUCUACGUCAUGUGUUGAAAUUUAGGCCUUCAUUGUUAAGCACCAGUGACAUCAUACGUGUGUUAGUCAAAAAUGUAGAGCAGUCAUAUUUCAAAAUACCUUUUUAAAGCCUCUGCCUCCUGAUGGUUUAAGUGGUAUGUAGCAAAUAACUGUACUGCCACACACACGAGCAUACAUCUAUGUCCAUAGGGCCUAUUUCUGUUUUUGUUGUUUUUAUUCUGUAAAAUGUACACAUUGAGAGAAGUUGCUCACAUAUUAAUAACUUAACUGGACUCGAAUCAGCUUUUUAUUUAUUCAGAAAUACAGGCCUCGGACUUAAAGACGGCAUCAACGGCAAUUGUUGUAGUUGCAGUAUAAAUUAGUGUUGGUCAUGAGCUUCACCGAUGGCAGGUUUUUGCCGAUGGAUAAAAAUGAUUGUACUCCAUUGAAAGGACUAUUUUUAAAUAUUUUUUUUAUAGUUGUUGCAAAAGUAACUGAUUUAAAAUUGCUAUAGGCAGGCUCAAAACUGCCAUCGGUGUGGCAAAAACAUUUAAAAAUUGCUGUGGGUAACAAAUUGUUAAUUUGGAGCCCUGGAUAUUGGAUAACGAUAACAAUUGUUUGUAUAGAAACAUUAGUUUCUAUCACAGUGAUGUACAUUUACUUAAAUAGAAAUACUUUUAAUUUCUUACUACAUCUGUAUAUGUUUGCAUCCAUAUAUAAAUAUUAUAAAAACAUGUACACAUUUACUCAUUCAGUGACGGAUAUGUCAUGAAAAUGAAAAUAAAGGAUAAAAAUAUAAUUAUAGCUAGAUAUUGCAUGUCAUUUGACAUGAUCAGGUUGAUAUUGAAUUAUCAAUAUCACUGGUUUGUCUUAAAUAUUAACAUUAUACACUGAUAAAAAGCUAAUACAUGUAUUAACAAAUCAGAAACAAAUUUACAAAUGCAUAUGUAACAGGGUUGUCAACAUGUGCAAAGUAAAUUGUAAAAUGUCAACAUUUGGUAAAGAAGCAUUUAAUCUUUGUAAUUUUUGUUUUUAUUUUUCUGUUGUUAAACUGUUAGAUAAAUGCAACUUAAAGUG